CCUGAAUUUAAAAAAAGAAAACGGCCCAAGCGAAGCACCAAAGGCAGGCCUGUAGCGGUAAAUCAACGAAGCAGAGAAGCAGCGAAGCAGACAAGUAGAGACCUGCUGCCACUCACGCCGGUCGGCGUUCGCCACUUCGCCGGAAAGCUCGGAAUCAGCCGAUUCGUCCCUGCAAUUCUUUAUAACCCUCCGCAGACCGCAGUGCCAUACUGCCCGCUCCCGAGUCCCUCCCUGCGCGGCUGCCCCCUCCGGCCUCCACCCCUGCCUUCUCGCUGAGCCAGCGGUCUUCCGAUUUUCAAUAAGGAAGCUUGAAUCAAUGCUGCAACUUUCUGUCAGCUGCCUCUCUGUUCAGUCCGCUGCUUCACUAAUUCUGUGUCCCCUUUCGCCAUUAUGUUUAAAACCCGGAAGUUCUUUCCUCCCAAAGACCCUUGAACGGAAUUCUUGGAGCUCUAUUGCAAUUGGACAUUCUCCAUUACUAUCAAGGUUGAGGAAAUCAAUUUGCAGACCGCUGUUGGGGAAAUACGUCAGUGAAGAUUACCUUGUGAAGAAGCUGUCAGCCAAAGAAAUUGAAGAGCUGAUAAAGGGAGAAAGGAAUGUGCCCCUAAUUAUCGAUUUCUUUGCCACAUGGUGCGGCCCUUGUAUACUUAUGGCUCAGGAACUUGAAAUGCUUGCUGUAGAGUACGAAAGUAAAGCACUCAUUGUGAAGGUUGACACAGAUGAUGAAUACGAAUUUGCAAAUGAUAUGCAGGUCCGAGGACUACCCACAAUGUACUUCAUCAGCCCAGAUCCAAGCAAAGAUGCAAUCAGAACUGAAGGGCUCAUCCCAAUACAAAUGAUGAGAGAUAUCAUUGAUAAAGAAAUGUAAAUCAUUGUAGUUUUCCUCCUCUCAGGAAGUUUCUGUACCUUUGCUCUUGUCUAUGAUGCUGUAUUACGAGGUAUUGAAUUCAAUUAGAACAUCUCCAGUUCAAUGAUGAUAAAGGCCAAAAAGCUCCAUCAGUGUCGCAUUUAAGUGUUAAAUUCAUCAUCAUCUCAGGUUUGUUUACUUUAUGUAGUCCCCA